UGUCAGGUGCUCGAGCCUGCCGCAACGACGGUGCCCCUCAUCUCUCUCGCCAUCCGGGGCCGAUAUGAGGGACCUGCCCCUCACUCGCCUUAUAUUGUAGGCGUGGAUGCAAGUGCGUGGUUCGAACAAUGCCAGCAGGGCAGGUGGCACCGUGCACAUGCUCAGACAGGCCAGAAUCCCGCCCUUCGAACAUUUUUGAAAUCAAAUGGGGCCACAGAGUGUCUACCAACGACCAUUGGAUGGUCAAGCCCACCCAGCGCCUACUGAAUGCAUUCAACGUGCAGUGGAUCAUGACUGCCAGAGAAGCUGAGACACAGCUGGCACUGAUGAAUGGUGCCGGUAUUAUUGAUGCUGUCAUGACAGAUGACAGUGACUCAUUUGUUUUUGGUGCUCAGACUGUCCUGUGCAACUCGACAUUUUCAAUAGAUUCGACUGUCAAAUUGUAUACAACGAGUGCCAUUCAAGAGCACUCAGGAGCACGUUUCUUUAUCAUAUCCCCCUGGACUCGUCACUUACUACAUAUCCCAUCCAUGCAGCGGCACACCAUCAAAUUUGCACUGUCUACCACUAUAUCCCUACCUAGCUGUUUCUACAGGUAACUUCAAUCUCGCUCGGGCAUUUGUCCAAUAGUUUAUGAUUAUAAACCAU